AUGCAUCUUUUCCAUGGUCAAGAUUCCUCAGAUGAACUAGAAUUUGCAUCAUCAGACAAGUCAGAUACACAUUUAUUGAAAGAUGAAGAUAUUAUGUUUGAUGAAUCUUUGCUACUAGAGGAGAAAGAAGAUUGGGAUCUGUUUAGUGAAAUAGCAGCCUGCUAUCAGAGCAAAACAAAGAUGGACAUCCUGAAAUGCCAAAUCAAUGACCCAUUAAAAUGCAUUGAUUCUGGUUCUGCCUGCUUCCUAAGUCCAGCCAGAGACAGAUGCUCUUCGGAGUCAAGUGUAUGUCUCAGUUCUAGGCAUUCUGCCCAAGAUCAUGAACCAGUUGCUCAUCAGUCUAGCUGUGAUGCCACCAUAAUACACAAUAUUGAUUACAUAAAUCAGCUGAAACAACUGCAGCUGGAAAAUCAGAAAUUAGUAAAUGAGGAACUUAGCUCUAGCAUGAAACACACCCGACAUGCUUUUUGGAGGUCAACUCAGGCAUGUACAAUAAUGAAGGAUGGGAAUGCUCAAAAGAAAUAUGGUUCCAGCAGGUCCAGCUUUUCAAGCCUUUCUUCUGCUACCACCUCUCCUUCUGUUUCUUCCUUAAGUUCCUUGGAUAGUGCAUUCUCUUACUGUUCAGAAUCCUCUGUAUUCAGUCCAAAUGAUGUCACUUCUCUGCCUUUUAUGUUUGGGACAUCAGCCAGAUUGCACACACUUUCCCCAGAAAUUACCAAAAAGAAACUGAGAGAGUGGCAAAUACCUAUCACUACACUCUUUGGUGGCAACUCUUGCGAUAUUGACUCUUGGGAAAUGCAAUGGGAAUUCGAUAGUACAGCGAGAGAGAGUGACAAAGUCAGAGCUGAAGGCCCAGUUCAUAGUGACAAUUGGGGGGUAUGUUUGGACAAGAAAUCAAAACAAAAUGUUUAUUUCCCAGUACAAGCCAAGGAAAUUGUAAAAGAAUCCUCCGCAGCUGAAGCUGGUCAAGCAAAUAGUAAUUGUGUCCACAAAGAAACCUCUGUCAAACACAUUGACAUUCGAAGGCAGGAGUCCGCCAAUGAUAAUGGUCUUCAGUGCUCAAAAGUUACUUAUUUUAUGUCUCCUAAUAUCAUGUCACUCAAAAGUCUGAGUUACCAAAACCUAAGCAUUGAUUAUAGUAGCUCAGUUUCCCAAAGCGCAAAAUUCCAAAUUCCACAGACUGUGUUCUAUGGUCAAAACACACCACUAAUAUGUAAUUCUUUGUCCAGGAAGCAACACCCAGAAAUGGAAAAACUUUGCUUGCAGACUUCACUCAAACAUGAUAAGACAUAUGAGUAUCUUUCUGCAGUUGUCAGAAAUAAGGAGAUCAUAAAUAAAGAGCAGAAGUUAAAAGAACCACAAACAGAGGAGACCACCAAAGACAAUGCACAUACCAAAAGCCAUACUAAGACCAUAUCUUCCUUCAGCCAGAAUAUCCGUAUAACUUUACCAUCUUCUGUCAAGAAUAGUGUGAGGGAUUAUUUCAAGCAUACUGAUGCUAAGCCUUCCAGUAAUUUACAAGAGGUGACUAUGAAAAAUGAUCUGAUCCAGAAUAAAACUGAGAUCUGUAAUUUAGAGAAUAUAGAAGACUCCAGGGAGACAAAGGAGUGCAGCUGUUUGCUAGAGGAAUCAUUUGUGUAA